CAAAAGUGCAGAGUAAAAAACUGACAAAUACACACGAGACAAGGGAAUAUCUGCAGGCAAAGCUGAAAUCAUCUUAUCUGGAAGGGCUAUACCCCAUUGGGAUUCACCGCUUUCUGUUCCAAUUCAAUCCGGAGGAAGAGGAACCAAUGGAAUGGAUUAGAGAAGACUUAAAGAUUAAACCCCCCAUCCCCACCCCCACCCCCACAUUCAUCCAUUCAAUUCAAUUGGGAUCAUGCGUUUCACUCUUCCUCAUUUAUUGCAUUCGUCACAUUGCCGAGGCAAGAUGAGACGAAUUUGACCACUGUUUUCCUUUCUCACUCUGCAUCGACACUGUGGCUAGGGAGAGAGAGAGAGAGAGAGAGAGACGUUGGUUGUGCAAUUGGAACAAUAAUAAUAAUAAUAAACAGCAAUCUUGCCUUGUGGGUCUUCCGGAAUUAUCGCUUCUGCCUUGAAAAUUCUCGUGUGCCUUGCGGAUUUCCAUGGCAAAUCAGACAACGUAUCUGUAACUUCUUCUUCAAUCCACAGGUUUUGUGAUUGUCAAAAUGUGACUUGGUCUUCUGUUGGUUUGGUUUAGUUUAGUGAUAGAAAUGGACGGGCGCCGGCAUUCUGUCGAUGUUCCAAUAUCCAGGGCAUUGGUAGCGCUUAGGAGAGUUAGGUCUUUACGUGAUCCAGCUACGAAUUCCUUGAGCAAACUGUCUGCCAUGAACGAUAAUUUGGAUUGGGAGACUAAUUCACACAAUGGGAUCAAUUUAGGAUUUGGAAAUGGCAGAUGCAGCGGCAAUGUUGAUCAAGACUUGUGUUUUGGUUCGUCAAGACGUUGUUGUAGUUCGAAGCAAGUGUCUCCUGUGGUCUUGAAAGGGGCAGUAGGGGAGAAAAGCGUGCGCCCUCUUGACGUGGAAAUGAUGUUUCACGACAGAGGAUCGCACGAUGAUGGAUUCAGCUUUGGUGAUUGCGCUGAAGGAGGGGGUUCUUGUAAUGAGCUGGAUGAUGGUGAUGUUUUGAGUCGUGCUGGAAGCCCUUACUCGACGGAAGAUAAAGAUUUGAAGGAGAAAGAAUGCUCGAGGAUUCGUGAAAUGUUGUUGUACAGAAACAGUGACGCCGGUAUGAUGGAGUUUUGUCAUCAAGGGUGUGGGAUAAGCAGCUGCUGGUCGAAAACUAUGAGGUUAAGAGACUCGAGUCUCCUUCCCGAUGAGGAGCAGCCUCUUACAUUAGGCAAUGCAGAUCAUACACGAGUAGCUAGAACCAGCGCGGAUUGGAAGAUCAACGGCGAAGGAGUUAGUACUACGCUUGUAGAAAGCCCGAGAAGUUUCUGCCAAAAAUUUACGCCGAAAUCGUUUACUGAAUUGGUUGGUCAGAAAACAGUGACGACAUCUCUUGUGAACAUAAUCAACAAUCGAAAGAUAGCUUCUUUGUACCUCUUUCAUGGCCCCCGUGGAACUGGAAAGACAUCUGCUUCGAGGAUAUUUGCUGCUGCGAUGAAUUGUCUUUCCCGUGACGAUGGCAGACCGUGUGGUUCAUGUCGAGAGUGUGCCUCGUUCUUCUCUGGACGGUCUAGGGAUGUUAAAGAGGUUGACUCGGUGAGAAUUAACAGAAAAGAAAGGCGUCGAUUGCUGAUUAAGAAUGCGAGAAUCCCUCCGGUGAUUUCUAGAUUGAAGGUUUAUAUCGUGAACGAAUGCCACCUGAUGCUCAGGGAAGCUUGGGCAGAUAUACUGAAUUGCCUUGAGGAGCUUCCCGAGCGAGUUGUCUUUAUAAUGACCACUCCUAACCUCGACAAGAUUCCUUCUAGCGCAGUUUCGAAGUCUCUUGUGUUCCAUUUUCAGAAGGUGAAACCGGUCGACAUUGGCAACAUGUUGGAGAGAAUAUGUCUUCAAGAAGGUCUUGAUCAUGAUCCCGAUGCUUUGAACUUCAUAGCUGCAAAGUCGAACGGUUCGCUUCGAGAUGCAGAGAUGAUGCUCGACCAGCUGAGUUUGCUAGGGAAGAAGAUAACCAUGUCACUAGUGUAUGAAGUUAAUGGAUUUGUUUCGAACGAUGAACUGCUCGAAUUACUGCAUCUUGCAUUGUCAUCCGAUGCGUCUAACACGGUUAAAAAGACCCGAGAGCUACUCGAAUCAAGGAUAGAUCCUUUGCAGUUGACGUCGCAGCUGGCGAGCCUCAUUAUGGACAUUCUUGCCGGAAAAUGCCCGGAGGGCGUCUCUGAGGUCAGAAGGAAGCUUUUUGGCACAAAUAAUUCUGAAGCCGAUUUGCAGCAACUGAGCUCUGCGCUGAAUAUACUCUUGCAAACUGAGAAACAGCUGCGGUUGUCGAAGAACCAGACAACAUGGCUAACUGCAGCUCUUCUCCAGCUAAGCUCAACUGGAUCGUCGUAUGAUGCAAGCAACGCCAGGUUGAGCGUGAGGACGUUAGAACCACAAGAUGGUGAUUUUCUCAGCACAUCUUCGACGGGAGAGAGUUUUAAGCACCGUGAGGAUGUUGAAACCGGGAAGGAAGAGCUGCAGUUGGUCUGGACGAGAGCUGCUGGAGUUUGCACUUCGAGUUCUUUCAGGAAGUUCUUACAGAAACAUGGGAAAUUGGUAUCUGUUCGUCUCAAUCAAGGUACAGCAGUGGUGGAUUUGGAGUUUGAUCGCCUUGAGUACGUGUCGAAAGCUGAAAAAUCAUGGAAAACGAUUGCUGGUGCGCUCCAAUGCAUGCUCGGCUACAACGUCGAGCUAAGAAUAAACCUUGCGGCAAACAAACCCAAAGGGUUCAAGAAGGCGCCGUACUUGAUCAGGCUCUUCAACUGCUCGCGCAGAGUGAAUUUGAGGCAGAAUCUUUCAGCAGAGUGUGGGAGCAAUGCUUGGGAGAACUCAGAUGCAAAUGCAACUCCGGCGACACGCGACAAGCCCAUCGAGAUGUGUUCUUCUGAGUGUGUGUCGUCUGGAACGAAGGACCUCUUCAAGACCAUCCGGAGCAACGAAGGGAAUGCUUUAAGCAUCGGAGCCAGCACUCCUGGAGGGCCAUUUCUUUCAAACAGCGUCGAUCCAUUCGACCGGAGAAUCGAUGAAGAUGGCCUGAGUUCGAAGGAGCUGUCGAGGUUCGAGUGCUGGCGAAACGCCGUGUUCCCAUUCCGGAAGGCAUGGCAGCUGAGGAAUGAGCAGAGGAAUGAGCAGCUGAUGGAUUAUGCCCUGCAUUGUGCUUCUGCAAACUAACAAUUCUUUUACAUAGUAGCAACUACUGAUAUGUAUGGAAAGAGACUCUGAUCAAUUCAGCAAAAUGUGUGUUGAUUUAUCCUCUACUGUUUUCAAUGGAUUAUGGAUUUUGUAAAAACAGCGUUGUUUGUAUUAUACUAUUGUUGUUAUU